UUCCAAAUGGAUUGUUUUACAGUCCAUACUCAAACUGUUAGUAUACUAAUCUUCUCCAGAAUGCGUUUUAUAUUUUUUUAAAUAACUAUUUGUGUUAUUGAAUGUUUUUGAUUUGAAGAGUAUAUUUUAGUCAACUUUGCGAACACAUUUUACUUUCAGUCAGAAUGUCUCAUAGCUGUCGCCUGCUUUGUGGUUUUUUAAUGAGCUGCAUCGGCUGGACUGGUAUUAUAAUAGCGACCUCAACGAACGACUGGGUGGUGACCUGUAAGUACAACAUGCACACCUGCAGGAAGAUGGAUGAGCUGGAGACCAAGGGCUUGUGGACAGAGUGCGUCAUCUCUACUGCUCUCUAUCACUGCAUCUCACUCAACCAAAUCCUCGAUAUACCGGCUUACAUCCAGACGUCUCGCGCUCUGAUGGUCUCCGCCUCUCUGCUCGGACUGCCCGCUCUGGCGCUCGUGCUGCUGGCGAUGCCCUGCGUCAAACUUAGCCAAGAGACUGAAGACACCAAACACAGACGCGCAGUCCUGGGAGGACUACUUAUACUGUUCAUAUCUCUGUGUGGGAUAGUGUCAACGGUGUGGUUCCCCAUUGGAGUGCUUCAUGAGGACGGCCUGAUGUCGUUUGGAUUCUCUCUGUAUGCUGGCUGGGUCGGUUCAGCCCUCUGUUUUUUUGGCAGCUCAAUGAUGAUUUGUUGCUCAAGGGGCGAUGGCCCAACUCAGAAUCCUGAAAACCGCUACUACUACUCAAAACACAGUGGAGUAACCAACUCCGGCCCUCCUAUUAACAGUCAUGCCAAGAGCGCACAUGUGUGAGACACAAUGGAUAAGACAAGCUUACCUCAAGAUUUGGACACACACACAUGCAAGCUCACACACACCAAUGAAAUAUGUGAAGAAUUUGUUUUCCACUGCCAUGGUUUGACUGCAAACAUGUGAUUUGGAGGGAACAGAGAAUUCGGUGGAAACUUGUGCUCGCAGACGUUUGAAAAUUAAAGGCUUUGUUUGAACAGACGUUGAAAUGAAUCCAAAGGGAAACAGUUCUUUCUUCCCUAAGCAUGUUUUUUCAUAGAUGGUUGUGAGUCGAUCUAUUCACGCAUUAUUAAUUUUGCUCCUAUAUUUUAUUUGCCAGUGACAUUAUUUUAAUAUGUUCUUUACUUAGCUUUACAUAGGUUGGGCAUAAUAAGUUCAUGCCAACAUUUAGGAAAGCAUAUACAGCAGAUGGACAGGAAAACUAUGUGUUAAAAUGACCAGAUGUCAUCUGCACUGUUUUCCUGGAGAGCGUCUCACAGCAUCCUGCACACAACCUCCUAGGAAAUCACCAUUUGAAAUUUGAGAAAAAAUAUAUGCAACAGGAAACCGGGUCAUUUUUCAGGCCUUAUAUGGUUGGUGAUUGAUUUGUUGUGGUAAUGUAUUAUUUUAUGCGUUCUUUGGGAGUUUCAGGAUGUAACAUGUCCACUAUGUUAUGCAUGUUGAGUUUAUUGAGUGAUUUGUUCUAAAUCGUCAUGCCGUCUCAUGAUUUAAUGUGUCUGAAUGAAAACAUGAACCCACAAAAUAUUCUUUUUUAAAAUGCAAAUCAUUACUGUUAUGGCUGAUGAUGACAAAAAAAGACACCAUUCGUGCUUGUAAAAUAUAUUAUUUUUUAAUAUUUCAUUUUAAAUAUAUUUGUAUAUUCUCCUCAAA